GUGGGUGACGAGAAAUGAUAACCAGCAGCAGCAGCAAAAACCACCGAAAAAACCGUUAUAAUGCACGAAAGGCGAGGCUGUAUUUGACUUUUGUCGUAGUAUUCGAGUGACUUGUGUUGCAAAGCUUCUCUCUUUAGGGGUUUAGGCUAAAGGAGUGUCUAAAGGUGUCCUGUUUUAGUCAGAGCUGUCAAGUUUUCGGGCUAGUUGGCUGCAGUUCCAGGGAUGGCUGGCUGAGCUAUCCCAGCUAGCCGCCACUUUAGCCCGUCCCGAUCUGCGGGAUCCUCCAGCAGGACAUCCGCUCGGGUCAUUCCGGAGCUUUGGCGUGGGUCGGAGAGAAGGGACGAGGAGCCGUGUUGGAUGGACGGUUUUUCCGGGGGUUGACCGUCACCGCGCAGGGGGAGCUUGAUCGCAGGUUUCAGGGCGGCUAUAGGCUCGCACUCGGCCGGACUCCGACCAGCCCAGGGACCCGCUGCUCGCUGCAGCCGCACCCGGGACCAACCCCAGCCAGCCAGGCACUAGGAUUCACCCACCAAAGCGAUAACUGCGGUUAAAAAGGGGGAUUAUUGAGUUUUUGCAGCGUUACAGCGUUAGCAGAAACAGCUACCAGGCUAAGCAGCGAAUCAUCCAAACAAACACCAGCUCACUCGGGCAAGACUGGUGAUUAAAAUGGUGAUUUGCCACUUUGGAGGCCGUUUUAAUGUGUGUGCUGACAUGCUGCAUUGCGGAUUAUUUGUGAUCACCCGAUCCCCGUUCGUGAAUAUUUAUUCCCUGUGAUUAAAACAAACUCACGCAAAAAGCUGUCCGAUAUCUUAACAUUUGACAGCAGUUUUAGCAGCAAGCAGAGGGAAGGGAAGGCCAGGGUUCUGGACUGAGCAACUUGAUAGUGUCUGCACUUGUUGAAACAAGACUCUUGCGUAAAAAAGAAACAAAACAAAAAAAACAACAGGGUAUUUUAUUUGAUACUUUGUGAGAGGUGUAGUCCUGCGACCCCUUGUGAAUCGGGCCCCUUUUUCAGCCCAUGCAGUGAUGACUUUAGACUCCAUGAUGGCUUGUUGCCUGAGUGAAGAGGCGAAGGAGUCCAAAAGGAUCAACGCUGAGAUCGAGAAACAACUUCGACGUGACAAGAGAGACGCGAGGAGGGAGCUGAAGCUUCUUCUGUUGGGUACUGGAGAAAGUGGCAAAAGCACUUUCAUCAAACAGAUGAGAAUAAUCCAUGGGUCAGGCUACACAGAUGAGGAUAAGAAGGGCUUUACCAAACUGGUCUACCAGAACAUCUUCACCUCAAUGCAGGCGAUGAUCCGAGCAACUGAGACCCUCAAGAUCCCCUUCAAGUAUGAACAGAACAAGAAUAAUGCCCUGGUGGUGCGGGAGGUGGAUGUGGAAAAGGUUUCAUCAUUUGAGCAGCCGUACAUUAGUGCGAUAAAGUUGCUGUGGGCCGACCCUGGAAUCCAGGAGGCAUAUGAUCGCAGGAGAGAAUACCAGCUGUCUGACUCAACCAAAUACUAUCUAAGUGAUCUGGAUCGUAUUGCUGAACCGUCCUAUCUACCAACCCAACAGGACGUGCUUAGGGUUCGAAUCCCAACAACUGGGAUCAUAGAAUACCCUUUCGACUUGCAAAGCAUCAUUUUCAGGAUGGUGGAUGUGGGAGGUCAGAGGUCAGAGAGGAGGAAGUGGAUCCACUGCUUUGAGAAUGUCACCUCCAUCAUGUUCCUGGUGGCGCUCAGCGAGUACGACCAAGUCCUGGUUGAGUCGGACAACGAGAAUCGUAUGGAGGAGAGUAAAGCUCUAUUCAGGACCAUCAUAACAUAUCCCUGGUUCCAAAACUCCUCUGUAAUCCUGUUCCUCAACAAGAAGGACCUGUUGGAGGAGAAGAUCAUGUACUCUCACCUGGUUGACUAUUUCCCAGAGUUUGACGGUCCACAGCGGGAUGCUCAGGCAGGUCGGGAGUUCAUCCUGAAGAUGUUUGUGGACUUGAACCCAGACAGUGACAAGAUAAUCUACUCACAUUUCACGUGCGCCACCGACACGGAAAACAUCCGCUUCGUCUUUGCAGCUGUCAAAGACACAAUCCUGCAGCUUAACCUCAAAGAAUACAACCUGGUGUGAUGGAGAGAGCAGGCAACACACCAGCAGCACCCCUCCUCACAUACACAGUGCAGAGUUCACUUCCAGAGACUUAACAUCUGCAUGAAACACACUGCUGCUCAAAGAGACGAGCAUCGCUUCAUACUUUACUAGAGCAACACUAUCCAUCUUCUGCCCUUUCUUUCCCAGCAGAUCCUCUAUUUGUUGGUUUGUAAAGAAUAAUUUACUAAGCAGAGCCACACAUAAAAACAUGAAACACAUUUAAAUAUAAAACUCUCAUUUGUCCUUCUCUCUUCAGAGGUUUUAUUUGGAUCUGGUGCUCCGCUUUUGCCCCCCCCCUCCCCCCUUCUACACUAUGUUAUCACAUGUUUUUGUGUGUUUGAGGGCCUUCUCUGGGAAGAGCAAGCUUUUAAGGACAAAGGGCUGUCUCCCAUACUUAUGUGACCUGUGCAUGCUAUAGAGCGCAGCAUGCAGUUCAGAGGCCAGGCUGUAGACCCCUGGACUCAUCUGCAGAGGGUAACCAUACAAAUAUACAGUAUAUCGUCAGGCAGUGAUGAGGUGCAGUGAGGUACAAUGUUUUUUUUUUCCCCUAAAACAAAUCCUUCCACAAAUCGGAGCACAGGAGCUCUAAAGAAUGUAAAUACAAUUUUCAUGCUGCCCACACACAGAGAGAGAGAGAGAGAGCUCAUAAGGAUGACUAAAUGUUCUGUUUUCUCUUUGGAUACUUUCAGCAAGGUUAACUUCUCGGUUACAUUAUUGCUGCUAUUUGUGAUCUGUUAAACCUGAAUUGAAGAAGAUUAUUCAAGGAGUGUAAAGACAACUUCACAUGGUGUUUCUUAGACUGGCCCUCAUUUAAAUACGUGAAUAUGCAUUGUGAAGAAAAUUGAAGCGUUAACACUACCAGUAUUCAUACUCUACAAUGUAUCACAUUGCCAAAUCAAAUCUGCUUGUGUAUCUUCUGUAAAUACAGUUCUGUUGCCAGUAUCAUCCUUGAAGUGGUUCAGAUUUGAAUAAUGAAAAUUAAUGUUGAAUCAUUCAGAUGUCGAUGGCAUAAUUACUCACUUUAUGUGGCAUUUCUAUAUGUCGACAGUUGUCUGAAUCACGCGUGUAAUAGUACUGUGAUUUUAUUUUUUUUCCCUCCCCCUUUGGUGGUGACAAUAACUUUCCUGUGCACAAGGUGUGAUUGAUUCCAGAUUAGUACCGUGCAGUAGCCCGCUGUAGAUGAAAUAAUGCUUUUGCGCUGCCACUUUAAGCUUCAGUCAAAAGUUGGUUGUGAUCAUCCAUACAGCUUCUCUCUACAGUCGCUUUUAUUUCACCGUAUUAUCAGCCAACAUUUGAUAAAUGGUCAGAUAGCAGGCAAAAUAGGUCUUUUUAUAUGUUGAAUUUAUCAGUCAGAUCUAUGUGUUGUUCCAAUAAAUGAGACCUCCGCCCUCAUUUCAGCUCAACUUUUCCAACUUCUGAGAUGGGAGAUUUUAUACUGCUGUAAAAUAUCAGAACUAUUUUAUUGACAAGUGUUCUAUCUUUAUAAUGAUACUUCAUAUAUUUAGUUGUUGCAGCUCUGUUUUGAUGUACUUGACAAAGGAAAUUUGUUUCCGUGUCAGAUUUGUGCUUUAUGCAAAUAGGAAAAUGAAAACAGACAAAAAUACUUGGUGGUUUAAUAUUACAUGUUUAAGAAUGCUUGCAUUUGUUUUUAAGGAUAUGCAUUACCAAUCCCAUAUCGUGCUUCUUGCCUGACAGCUGUUUAGAUAUUUCAUUAACCUGAGAGUUGAGUGAAUGAUAUUUUUGUCUUCACAGUGUAAUUCAGGUAAGUUUUCAUAACUCUUUCAUCACAAGGGCUACUUCUAGCAGCUUCGGUAGAAAUGAAAGGACUCUGGUUGGCAUAGAGCAACAGGUGCAAUUACUUGGGGGUAGGGUUUGCGUCGACAUUCUGUUCAGGGUAAUGUCUGCAGGUUUCACUGAGGGAGGUGGGGGGGAUGCAGCAGUCCACAUUGGCCAACAUGACAUUCCUUUGUGAGCUAUUUUGUUUUUGCCUUUUAGAUGAGAAGAAAGGCCAAUGUUCAAAGAAAAGGGUCUUCCCAAGAUGCCGUUGCACAUUUAGUGACACUAGCUUUUGCACCCUACCACCCUCUUGCUCUUCUGAUGAAUUUCUUGGCUUGAUUAUAUUUUCCAAUUUGUGCACAUUUGCCUCAUCGUCUGUAGUGUUUGACUUUGGUACUGGCUGUGGUCUGAGUCAUGAGAGAAGGAAGUACUGGCACGGUCAGGUUAAACAUCUGGGUGGUGAUCUGUACACAUCAUGCAGCUCUUUUUCUUUUGUAUUUGUAUUUUACAUUUCAAAUUCACUGCAGGGGAUCUGCAUGAUGUGCUCAGUUUUGGGGGAUUGGUCAGCCUUGAUUUCAGUUGCACGUAGCCAGGGAAAGUAAGUGCAACCUGCACGCUUAUAUUGCAGAUGUGCACAUUGUUGACAAAGCCAUGACGUUUUCGCUCUCUGCAUACUGAAACAUUUGAUGAAGGAGAGAGACAUAUUUCUGCAGAAUGCCACAUUUUUUGAGUGACUUGACACUGAAGAUGUUGCAGAUUUGUUUUGUUUAGACUUAAACAAGUAGUUGUUUUUGGCCGUGAUCAUGUUUCCAGCUUGUUAUGUCAAGGGUUUUAUCUUUGGUGUUUCAGCUUACAUUUAAAUGCCUUCUUCGUUUAGUUUGUCCCUUAUGAUGCUUUUCACACUCGCUAGCAAGUUAAUUUUGUGGAUGCUACAGUUGUGAAUUUUCAUGUGUACGUUAAUAAACUGACAGACUUGAGCUUUGUUUAGAAAAGAAAAUGACGUUGUGCUGCACUACAGAAAUGACACAGUAAUGUCUGUGGUUGUAAAAUUAUCCGCUUGGCUUUCAGGAAGCACAUCGUGUUCUGCCAAAUUAUGGCUUACCACCUUAUUGACAUUUGUGUGGCCUCUAAACAAUGAAUUUUCUUAAAGAUAAAGUGAUGGUCCGGCCAUUUGACUUGAGUGGACUUCUGUGAGUAUGCCAAGUUAAACAGUGAAUGGUGUCCAGGUGUUGAUUCUUUAAAAAAACAAGUGACAUCAGUUUUCACUUUCUGACAAUACGUCAAUAGGUUUACACCUUGUCUUAACACAGAGCUGCCGACAUAAGUCGCGCGGCUACACCUUCAGUAAUUAGAGCUAUCAGUAGAGCUGGGUCAGUGAUUUUAAAUCUUUUCCAUUGAUUUCUGCUGUGUUUGCUCUGUACUACAUAUAUAAUGCAUUUUAAAGGUUUGUACAACUUUCCAGUACAAAACACUGUGCAGAGCAAAAAAAUAGUCUGCCAGCAGUGAAGACCCAGCGGUGUCCCAGCUUGACCCCGUGCUCAUUUUACUGCAGGAGAAGCCUCAUUGUCAAUGUAUUUACAAAAUCACUUUGAUGGUAGGAGCAACAAGUUAAGAGGUGAAUGAAUAUGCUCGCAUCUAUGUUCACCCCCUUCCCCCUCCCCCCCACACACACACUUUUUUUCUAAAUGUAUAUAAUUGGACUGUGGAUUGGAUUGGUGGAUCGGCGGCACUGAAACUGCACCACUGCAAUGGGCUUGCGUUCUUGCAAUGUAGCGAUCCAUUCAAGUGUUGUUGGUACUCUGAGGUGUGUGUACACUACUGCUUAAGCUUGAGAUCCAUCCUGGUGAGAGGAAUGGACAUGCAGUGAUUAUUAAAAGCUAUCUCUGGUUCUUGUUUUUUUUUUUUUUUUUUAAUUAUUUGUAAGGUUGACACAUCUUUACACAUGUAUUUAGGAACACUUAAGAUGACAGACCUUUUUUUUUUAAAGAAGAAAAGAGUUGAGCUUUGUGUAGUGGUGUACAAAUUGAAAGUAAUGUUUUUUUUGUUUGAUUUCUCUCACUCUUUUUCUUUUUUAAGUAUACCAAAUGUAAAUUCUGUACAAUGAGUGUGCCAAUCCCCUUUCUUUCUUUGUAAAUCCAGACUCUUGAUAAGUGCCAAUGUUGUGAAAAAUCAGAGGACCAUGGAGUUGUAUGGUCUUGUUUUUAAAAGAAACACUAACUAUGGGAUUAAUUGACAAAAAAGACAAUUUUAUUCUGUAUUUAAGAUUAAUGAUAAACUGCUGUUUUAAAGUGUCAUUUUGAUUGCAUGAUUGCCAGGAAAGGGAGGGAAUGGGUGGGUGAGAUACCUAUUCAUGCAACGCCCUCCAGAGAGGGGUCCUAAUGGUUAUGAUUUACAGUAUUUUAGCCAUACUUCUUUUUGUAUGUUUCAUUUCAACCACUGUUGCCUGAACCUCAUUCAAACAUGAAAUGAUUUUUACAUAGCCUUCUCCUUUAAAUGUUUUGAAUUGGAAUAAAAACGUUCCUAUACUCUU